AGCAAUGUUUCGGUCUCGACCCACCCGACUAUGUCGGUCCUCUUCCUCCGCUCUUCCCGCCUUCUCUUCCUCGCCCGCUCCACCGCAUCUCCUCCCCACCACUCUUCCCUCCUCCCGUCUCCUCGCCCGCACGCCCUCAGCCACCGCCGGUAACUUCUCCACACCCAGAUCGCUUCUUGAUCCACUCCGAUUUCGAUUCAAUAGACAUUACCCCCAGACGGAUCGACGCCAGAUUCCACCUCGGUAACAAAGACAGCAAUGGGGAUCUCCAAAGUGACGGGCAUCGCCGCGACGGCGCUCCUCGUCUCGUCCCUCGCCCUGCGGCAGGCCGGCGUGAGGGCCGCCGCCACGGCCCCCAUCCUCGCCACCAGCUGCGUCGCCUACGUCGUCACCGUCGCGUCCCACACCGCCGUCAACGUGCCGUGGAUCCUGGGCAAGACCCCGUCGGGCCGGUUCCCCCUCUGGUCGUCCGUACUCUUCGGCCCCUUCCUGAUGCUGGCACGCACGUACGCCAAGGUGAAGAGGUUCCUCAGGAAGGAGAACGUGUACGACGAGAUCGCCCAGGGGCUCUACCUCGGGGGCUGGCCGUUCAUGGCAAAGCACCUGCCUCCCGGGGAUCCGUCCGUCGUGGAUUGCACGUGUGAGCUGCCGAGGAGCUCGUUUGUGAAGGUGGAUGAGUAUGUCUGUCUUGCUACUUGGGAUACCAGGGCCCCGUUACCGUCCCAAAUCGAAUUCGCGGCGCGGUGGGCCUGCGAGAAGAGAGCCCAGGGGAAGCCCGUCUAUGUCCACUGCGCAUUUGGUCAUGGAAGAAGUGCCUGUGUCAUGUGCGCAAUUCUAGUGGCGACGGGCGUUGCUGAAAACUGGAAAGACGCUGAAAACGUCAUCCGAGGAAGGAGGAAGAUCAAAAUGAACGCUCUUCACCGCAAAACUUUGGAAGAUUGGUCCAAAAGUCGAGUUGUCCAGAAAAAGGAUAAUUAGCUGUGAGCUGAUUUCUUUUUUACAUCAUAUACUUCUUCUGUGAGGUUAGAACCAAAACAGAGUAAAGCCAUAUUGUAUAGGAAUACCAUGCCAUUCUUUAUUUGAAAUAUUCCUCCACAUGUCAAUCAUGUGUGACACAAGGAAAUCCUCCAUUUCCCCCCUGAAGAUGCAGGAAAGUCCUUUUUCUACGUGUUUGUUCAAUGUAUGUGUGGUAGUUGCUCCUCUAAGCAACUCUUUUCACAGCAAAAUCAGUCUUGUGUAGUGUACACUUUGGUUUACAAUGGAAGAAACUUGAACUUA